UGGUUUCUGUCGCCCUCUGCUCCCAUGUCACCCCUUGCUGUCCCCGCAGGGCUGUAAUGUCAUGGAAGACCAAGACCUUCGGGACAUCGGGAUCGGUGACCCCCAGCACCGUCGGAAGCUCCUGCAGGCGGCUCGCUCCCUCCCGAAGUUGAAACCCCUGGGCUGCGAUGGGAACAGCCAGCCCUCGGUUCCCGCAUGGCUCGACUCUCUGGGGCUGCAGGAUUACAUUCAGUCCUUCCUCUCGAGUGGCUACAGCUCGAUUGACACUGUGAAAAACCUCUGGGAGCUUGAAAUAGUCAACGUGCUGAAGGUGAAUCUGCUGGGCCAUCGGAAGCGGAUCAUCGCCUCCCUGGCAGACAGACCCUACGAGGAGCCACCGGCCAAGCCGCCGCGCUUCUCGCAGCUGAGAUGCCAGGAUUUGAUGUCCCAGACGUCGUCGCCGCUGAGCCAGAACGACUCCUGCACGGGCAGGUCGGCCGAUCUCCUGCUGCCCUCCGCAGACACCGCCAAGAGGCAGCACGACCGCAGCACCGAGGUUGCGCCCUACUCCAGAGCCGAGCGCUACAAAGCACAGGAGGACCGUCGGGAGUCCAAGCUGACCCUGCGCCCCCCCAGCCUGGCUGCCCCGUACGCCCCAGUCCAAAACUGGCAGCACCAACCGGAGAAGCUCAUCUUCGAGUCCUGCGGGUACGAGGCCAACUACCUGGGCUCCAUGUUGAUCAAAGAUCUCCGAGGGACAGAGUCCACGCAGGACGCCUGUGCCAAGAUGAGGAAAUCCACGGAGCAUAUGAAGAAGAUCCCCACCAUCAUACUGUCCAUCACGUACAAGGGUGUGAAGUUCAUCGAUGCCUCUAACAAGAAUGUCAUCGCUGAGCACGAGAUCAGGAACAUCUCCUGCGCCGCUCAGGACCCCGAGGACCUCUGCACGUUCGCCUACAUCACCAAGGACCUGCAGACCAGCCACCACUACUGCCACGUCUUCAGCACCGUGGAUGUG